CUUCCAUCAUCAGGGUCCUUUUCGCAAAGCCAGUGACCGCCUUUUCUCCGCCCGGACUCAGAGUUGUACAUAUUUCUAUGGACCGGGAUUUUCAUAGAGCAAAAAAGUGACCAGCGGCACAAACGGUUGCCAUCCUGUGCGAUUGCUAUCCAACUCCCCAUGCCUUUGCCAACUGACAUGGAUACAUCAUUGAAGAUCAUCAGCAAAGAGUUCGGCUUCAAAAUAUCUGACAAGCGGAAACCCACCAACGUUCGUUUCUCCGUGUCUGAGACGUUGAAAGCAGCAGCUCGCCUGGGUAGGCGACCAUAUCGACCCCACCUUGCCCCUGUGUCACUCAAUCAACAGGCCGCUACCCUCCCACCCGAGCUUCUCGACCACAUCCUCGAUUACCUACAUGAUGAUAACGAAGCCCUCCGCAAUUGCUCCCUCGUUUGCCACGCGCUCGUCCCGUCCGCUCGUUACCACCUGUUCCAGAAAGUCAAAAUCACCCAAGAGAACUUUGUCCGUGCAACCACCAUCUUUGCAGGAGACUCGCCUCACCUCACCCAGUAUGUUCGUGAUCUGACGCUUGAACUGCCCAUGGGUUCCUUGAAUUCCACCCUCGGUCGCUUGCGAAGUCUCCUCGCCAAUGAAGAAGCCCCAGUCCUUCUACGUGUCUUCAUGCUCGUCCUCUCCCCUCGAAUGCCGAACGUUCUCCGUCUCACGCUCAAGGACGUGCCGGUCGACCAAAGCGUAGUCGCAAUGCUCGCACCCAAUUUUCCUCAACUGCAUACACUCUCACUCUUCGACUGCUGGUUCUCCUGUAACGCGGACUUCUACGCCAUCUUGCGUGACCAUCCCGCCGUCCGCCACCUUCGUUGCGGCAGAUUGUCCUCCCUCUUUGGCAGCGAAGCCUUGUCGCAGGAAGAUGUUGUGCCCCCGCGGUCACUACAAACGCUGAAGAUCACGGAGGCAUACUCAACCUCGCCACUGACCCUCAUACCUUGGCUGGUGACGCACAGUAACCCAGAGCACUAUACCUACACGCUCUAUCGUCUGGGACAAGUCACGAAGCUCAAUCAGUGUCUCGUCCAGCUCUCUUGCUUGAAGCACCUGCACGUCAUCUUCUACAGGUGGCGCACAGAAGACGUAGAGGAAGUGGCGGUCACCCCGGCCGUGCUCACCCUUAUACCCCGCCACCCUCCCACGAUCACUACGCUGACCGUAGAUACGAAGAUACAUUCAGUGCUUCUUGCCGUUAGCCUUCUCGGCCAUCUCGAUCCGCACGCCUUUGCGCACCUCCGGACUUUGAACAUCCUUAUGCACCUACAUGAGGAGUUCGUGAAGGAGGUACCUCUGGAGUCAUGGGCCGCUAUGGACCAAACGCUGAGCGUACUGCUGUCGCUUGGAGCUAUCAACGUCUGCAACGUAUGCAGCGACAUGACCCAUCUUGAGGCUGGCAAGGAUGCCGUCGAAGCGCGUUUGCCGGUACUCAGCGUGCGCGGGUUGCUGAGAUUCGACCAAAAGUGGCAGCCGCUGCAGCUGAAGUUUUGAACGUGAGUAGGAUGCUGAUGACGCAUGCAAAUCCUGUCCUUUCUUGUCGCCGUCUUCUUGCCAGUGUGUAUACAUAUUGAGUCUUCAUUCAAUCGUUACUAUCGCUCCUUAUCCU